AAAAUUACAAAAUGGUCAAUAAACAUCGCGAACGCGCGUUUUGUAAAGCCGCUGUUUAAACAAUAUUAACCUCAUUUUUGGUAUUAAUUGUAAUGAUUAUGACUUGAAGUCGGAAUAUAGUGUAUUAAAAAAUACAAAAAUGUUGAGAGUCACACAUCAACUGGACUAUUUACGGCUAGCCGAGCUCGACAACGGUUGGGUGGAAGCUAUCUACUUUUCAGAGUUCCUCGAGUUCGGAGAGUUUCCUGAACAAUAUGCACUCAUUCUGGAGAAUGUGGAAAUUCGCUCAGUUUUUCGUAAAAUUAUGUCAGCCGUGGACGAAUGGCUCAAGGACUCUAGCAGUGAGGAAGAGAAAUCAUGGGCCGUAUUAUCACGUGAAGUGAAUCCUCGAAAGUUGCUAGCAUUUUUAGCAUAUUAUAUUGAUAAUGGUAGUAAAAAUAUUAUGUCUCACGAGCACCGGAACACUGCUCUUCUGGCUGCGCGUGUGUACUUCAAAAUGUUGUCUAUCCCAGGAUACAAAGCCUACCACAUUUAUCAUUCCCAGCUGUUUGCACAGUCCUUAGGAUGCCUUGGUUAUCCGAAAAUAAUUUGUGAAAAUGAAGACAACUACUUCAACUUAAAGCAAUUGACCCGGGAGGUGAAUUCUGUGAUUAAAGAAGUAGCAUCAUUUGUGAAAGCUCUUAGAGCGGUCAUUGAAGCCCUGCAUCUGAAUCCAACUGACAUGAAUUUUGAAGAUAUUCUUAGUAACCUGGUGGAAUUUACUGGUGGUGCUAUUGUUAACAAACUUGAUAUAGACAAAAUAGAACUAGCCAACAUUUCUCAAGUAAUUUAUGAGAUGAUAGAUAUACUCUUGUGUGACUCAAACGGGGAUCCUAAACCAGACGCCAUCCAGCUGUUGUUUAAAUGUCUGCUGCCAAAACUAGUAGCUGCCUCCGUCGACAAUAAAAGUGCCAAUAACUUAGUCAGAGCAUCAUAUGUAACUUACUCGGGUUUGAUACUGACCAAGUAUGGCAACUCGGCCCUUUCCGCAUUCAUAACUCUUCUACAACAUCUCUGCUAUACCUGUGAUGGUUUGGAGCGCGCGGAGGUCCGGUCCGCCCGCGUAUCUCUAGUGAUUGGUCUAAUGAGUAUCCUGCCUCAGAAGUCGUACCGCUUCAUCGUCCGCUGGAUCCUCAAGUUGUCCAACACGGCUAAAGUGUCGCACCGGCAUAUUGCAUUGGAAUUGAUAGGGCAGUUGUUAAACAACGAUCCAGAAGAAUCCGCCGCACCUCCGCCUCCGACUGAGCUACCAGCAGCUGAAUCGGAAAAUCAAGAAUCUGUCGAACCAUCGUCAAACCAACUAGAAAACUCUGAGACUUCAGCUCCAUCUAGUAAUCAAGAAGAAUCAGGGAACCAAAAUAUAACAGCAAUGAAAAUUCAGAAUACCUCCACACCUUUGCCGAACUGUUACGUUGUAUUAUCAAGGGCUCCUGAAAAUGCAAUAAAAAAAGCAGUGAACUAUGACCCCACUCCAGGACCAUCUGGUACACAAAAUAUAGCACCGGCUAAUGACCCAAUACCAAGUGAUCCCACUUCCGGACCAUCUGGUACUCAAAAUGUAGCACCCGCUGAUGACCCAAUGCCAGGUGAUCCCACUUCCGGACCAUCUGAUACUCAAAAUGUAACCCAGUCUGAUGACCCAAUGAUAGGUGAUCCCACUCCCGAACCAUCUGAUAAUCAAAAUAUAGCACCGGCUGGUGACCCAAUGCCAGGUGAUCCCACUUCCGGACCAUCUGGUACUCAAAAUACAACACCAAUAAGCCCAGUACCAGGUCCAUCGGGCCUUCAAAUCAAUGAGUCUCAAAGUACUGACUCAAUAAUUGGACCAGACAUUUUUGACUCCGGGAUACAAGAUGCUACAAUAGGCCUUGAAACUGAAUGUGAUGACUACAUUAUGUCUUUACUUAACAACGAGCAGCUGCCUGAUCUGCCCGGGCCUAUAGAGCUUGGUGAUAUAGAUCUCCAAUUUGCUAUGUUUAAUGAACUUAACAAUCAAAUUAAUGAAGCUAAUCAGUCAGUUGAACCAGCUACGCCUGUCAAAGAUGCGACUGUUGAACUGGCUACGUCUGACAAAGAGGUGACGGUUGAACCGGCCACACCUGUCAAAGACCAACCGAUUGAAGCUACGCCGCAAAAAAAUAAGAAGACGAAGAGUAAAAAAGGUAGAGGGAGUGCUGCGGACACUCCGGCCCCGGAACCCGUGCCGAUGGAUGAUGAAAGCAGCCAGGAACACAAUCCCGACAUAAUAGCCGAAGACGAUACCGCAGGCCUGCUCCGACAACGCCCGCACACCGUACCCCACGCCGAGUUAUUACGAGCCGUGUAUGACCGCGUAAACGACGUGUCGAGUACGCUGCGAACGCGAGCACUCGCUCUGCUUAGUGAUUGCCUGGCUAGUGCUCGUUCACCUCUUCGACAGGCGGUUUCAGAGCUGAACGGGUCCGGCGCGGUGUCCCGCCUCAUGGUGGUGGCGGCGCGCUGCGUGAGCGACGAGCGCGCCGCCGUGCGCAAGGCGGCGGUGGCGCUGGUGCACCGCGAGCUCGUCGACGGACCGCCGCCGCAGCCUAACGACCUCGGGAUUCUAGUGAGCCUGUGCCGAGACGCGAGUAUAAUAGUUCGCACAGCGGCCAUCGCUUCUCUGGGCGAGAUAGUUGUUAAACGACCGAGCGACGACGUGUUUGACGCGUUUCUCGCUGGCCCCAUGCAUCAGAUGAGCGACCCUGAAACCAAGGUGCAAGAGCUAGUAGUAAACCUAAUGCAGCAGGUAGCCUUCGAUCGCCUACAAAAACAGACAUCUUCAGCAGCCGAGAGUCCACUUCCGUGGCAGUUCCUAGCAGCCAUCACCAGGCACAACAUGCGGCGGCACCUGCAAAAGGCCUGCGUGCUGCUCGCCAAGACGUCGAAGUGCAUUAACCAUCGCGUCGUGGACGCUGUUAGCACUUAUCUAGGCGUCCAGGGCGAUGAACGCGACCUACAAUGCCUAGUGCUUCUAACGAGCAUCGCGAGACUGGUCGACUACUCUGAUGUCACCUUCAUACUGGACUACUACUAUAGUCUUGUAGACAACACGCAGGGUCGUGACCAACGCCUAAAGCCGCUGACACUGGAGCUACUAACUCUGUGGUCGCGCUACCUGACACCGGCCGCUCGCACGGCGCUGCGGGAACACCUCGCCGCGCGCCUCGCCACCGCCUCGGGCGAGGACGGUUGCCGGAUACCGAGUGCAACUCUUGCCGCACAUUUGGACCCUACCAACUUGCAGUGGGCUAACGAAUUACUACAACUGUCGGAGAAGCGAGCUCUGUGCGGCGGCGGCGUGUCGGAGUGGGUCCGCGCGGCCGACCUGUCGCUCGUGGCGCCCGCGCCGCCCUCGCCCGCGCUGCUCAACCUGUUCCUCACCGCGCUGCAGGACCCUCCGCCAGAGUGGACGGCGGCGUGCCACGGCGCCGCGGUGGCGGGCGCGGGGCGGCUGUGCGUGCGCUCGCGCGGCGCCGCCGCCGCCGCCGCGCCGGCGCUGGCCGCCAUCUUGCACUCGGCGCGGCACGCGCUGCAGGCGCGCGUCAACGCGCUACUAGCGCUCGCUGAUAUCUGUGUCAGAUACACCAACAUAGUAGAGCCGCUCCUAGGAAAUGUGUCGAUGUGCCUCAACAUCUCGGCCCCAGCGGCGCUCCGGCGCUCCGCGGCGCGCUCGCUCACUCGGCUGCUGCUGGCAGGCUACCUGCGGCUGCGGCCGCCGCUUUACUACCGGUACUGCGCAUUGCUGGCGGACUCCGACGCCGACGUCCGCGAGCCGGCCGAGUAUUACUUGACAAGCUGCCUCACGUCCGACGCCAUCUACCACCACUUUGUCGACUGCAUCAAGCACUACAACAGCUCCCGAUCAGAGAGUAUAUCGUUCGACGCGCGCCAGCUGAUCUACGACGUGAUGCUGCAGCGCUUCUCCAUCGUCCAGAAGCUGAACGUGCAAUGUCGACUAGCGCGAGAGGUGCUGGAGAACGCGGCUGAAUGGAUCGAAGAGAACGGCGAGGAAGAUAAGCCGGGAGGGCCGACGUUCGAACCCGACAUGGCCGCCACCUUGCUCGACACCAUCACGCUGCUGUGCGGGGCUCGCAUGAAACUACCCAAAAAACCUGAUAAGACUGGUGACGUAGCCGACAUAGACGACCUUCAGGAAAGAGUCACUACCAACAUCGUGUCACAUAAAAUGAAGCGCACCGUAGCGGAGGUCCUUGUGCCCGCCGUACUCCGUCUCCACGCCAAGGUCAAGUACGGGCAGAUUUCGACCUACCUCGUGCGCAUCGCCAACGAGCUGCUCGUGGACUACCGGCAGGAGAUCGAGGAGCUGAUCGAGAACGACGAAACUUUAGUGGAGCGCAUGAAGACGUUCCAGGACCUGAUCGGGCUGGACAAGAUGCCGGCGUUCGGCAACACCCGCAACCUGGUGACCACGUCGGCGCCGCCGGAGCCCGACACGCCGCGCGCGCCGCGCCGCCGCCCGCCGCGCGCGCCGCGCCCGCCGCGCCCCGCCGGCGCCCCGCCGCGCAAGCGCGCGCUCAGGAUAUGACCCCGUGUGUAGCGACAUCCCUAACUUAACUAGCAGGUCUUAUCCUUAGUAUAUGAAUAGAACAACGCUACCAGCCAACGUUGCGCGUCCGCGCCACGCGAGCGUUCACACCGAGGUCGGGGACCCGGCCACGGCUAUAAGAUAACCUGCGAAUGUGAAGUCCCUAACCUGCACCAGGGAACGGCAAACAGCAGGUCGAUACCCUCAUGCGCGUCUUUGAAGGCACAAUUGCAACUCUUCAACACACUUAAAACACUUGGAGUUCCUAGACCACGAAAAAUAUCAUUUACAGUACAUAUGGGGCUACUUUAUAGCACUAGUGCGAGAAGUAGCAUAUUAUGUUACUGUGUCGAACAUUUAAAGGGCCAUAUGUACUGUAAAACGUUGUACGAUACAUGUGCGAAUAGGUAAUUCGCAACUCGUGUCGAUUUAAAACACUCCCUUCGGUCGUGUUUUAAUUUAUCGCCACUCGUUUCGAAUUUCCUAUUUUUCGCACUUGUAUCGUAAUGUACUAUUGCGGCUCUUUGGGAUAGAUUCCUAGUGGUGAUGUACUCCAGUACACCGAGCCACGUGGACGACUUGGAGACUACAUGGAAAGUGAAUCGACUGAUAGAUGGUAAUGUUUCUCUUCUUUAGGAUACCUAGUGUCAAAUCUUUAAAUGACUCGGUACAGGUACCGGCAAACUUCUUGAACAUGUGACUCUGCCUUUGAGUUGGUUUAAUUCUAUCAUUAUUUGCGCAAAAGAGAGUACAGUAAAAAGUUACACUGUU